CUCUCCGUCGGAAUCCACAGCUCAUAGAACUCAAUGCACCGGCUGCCUGUUGUUGCACCCCACGCUGCCUUGGCUUUCCGUGUCAGGGCAACAGCAGAUGUAAAGCAAGUUGCACUACCGCAUCUUCCUCUUGAUAUGCUUCUGACAAAACGAGGAGCCAAGAAGUGACAGAGGCAAAGCAGAGGAAGAUGGAAGUCCAGAGUGGCGUUCAGCAGCCAGAGCCCCACUCUCCUCGGUCAGGGGCCAAUCAGCAGAAUGAAGUGGAGGACAGACAGACUGAUGGCGCCGACAGACCUUCAUCUGACAACCUUAAUAAGGACACACAGCCAGCUGGACAAAAAGACGACAAAAAACCCAGUGCAGUGGUGAGAGGUUAUCACAGCAGUAAGACAGCAGCCAUGAGUCCAAGCCUUAGCUCCAGCUGGACCACAGGUAGCAGUGGCGGUCAGGGGACGUGGAGCGGCCCCUCCUUUACUCGUGCAAAUAUACAGCAUUACCUAUCCCACCACCAACACCACCACCACCAGUCAGUGCACACCAGCUUCGGCUACUGCCCGACCCAUUCAGCUCAGCCCUAUGCUCCACCCCCUCAUCCCAUGGCUCCUCCCAGUCCCAGCACCAACAGCUGCAGUCAGGGAGGGGCGGAGCAGCUGAGUAAGACCAACCUGUAUAUCCGGGGCCUGCCACCUGGGACCACCGACCAGGACCUCAUAAAGCUCUGCCAACCGUAUGGAAAAAUAGUGUCAACCAAGGCCAUUCUGGAUAAAAACACCAACCAGUGCAAAGGCUAUGGCUUUGUGGAUUUUGACAGCCCAGCUGCAGCGCAGAAGGCCGUGUCAUCUCUCAAAGCCACUGGGGUGCAGGCCCAAAUGGCCAAGCAACAGGAGCAGGACCCUACCAACCUGUACAUCUCUAACCUCCCCGUGUCUAUGGAUGAGCAGGAACUGGAGAACAUGCUGAAGCCCCUGGGUCACGUCAUCUCCACGCGGAUACUGAGGGAUGCCAACGGAGUCAGCAGAGGAGUUGGUUUUGCCAGGAUGGAGUCCACAGAGAAAUGUGAAGUAGUGAUACAGCAUUUCAACGGAAAAUACCUGAAAACCCCGCCAGGCAUUCCAGCUCCCACGGAGCCUUUGCUGUGCAAAUUUGCCGACGGAGGGCAAAAGAAACGUCAGAGCCAGAGCAAAUACCCUCAGAACGGGAGGCCGUGGCACAGAGAAGGCGAGACUGGUAUGGCGUUAACAUAUGAUCCGACUGCAAUGCAGAAUGGGUUCUACUCCUCGCCUUACAGCAUCGCCACCAACCGCAUGAUCGCACAGACCUCCAUCGCGCCCUUCAUCGCUGCUUCCCCCGUUUCCACAUAUCAGGUCCAGAGUACGUCAUGGAUGCCUCAUCAACAAUAUGUUAUGCAACCUACAGGUGCAGUGAUCACGCCAGCCAUGGACCACACUAUGUCCAUGCAGCCUGCCAGCAUGAUGGGCCCUCUCACCCAGCAGAUGAACCAUCUGUCCCUGGGCACUACAGGAAGUUACAUGACUGCUGCAGCCGCCGCCGCGCCUAUGCAAGGGACCUACAUUCCCCAGUACACUCCUGUGCCUCCAACAGCCGUCCCUGUCGAAGGAGUGGUAACGGACGCCUCCCCCCAGACAGUGGCUCCCUCGUCACAGGAGGUGGCUGGACAGCAGCAACAGAUCCAGGUGGACAGCGCUGGUGACCACGUUCCCGCUUACUCAUACCAGUCCAACAACGGCCUGAGCGAAUGUUCCUGUGACAGCGUUGCCUUGAGACAGAAGGUGGCUGCACUGUGAAUGGGAGGAAAAGAGAAAAGAAAAGAGAUUGCUUCCAGAUUGCCCAGGCACCAAAAAAGAGACCCUUUUUUCAUUUCCUACCUGGCCUAUGAGAAAAAAAAACGCAAGAAGGAGGCAAAGAGUGCUAAGGAAGGGGAUGGGGAAAUUGCUGGGCACAGUGCAAAGAAGUGAAAUUGUUAAGUCUGGGAACCUGCCUGAAGGGCUGGGCUGAAGCUUGAAAAGUUUCUCAAAGAAAAUUCUCAACCAGAUUAAAAAAAAGAGAAAAAAAAAGAAAAAAAAAUUACAAAGACAAAAUGACAAAAAAAAAAAAAAGGUUGAAUGCGCAGGUAGGUGAUGAAGUUUAUUUUGUAAUUAGAAAAGGGGAGUCAAGUUUGAGAUACACACAGAGAUUGUCUUCCUCAGAUAUUAAGCUAAAAUUUCUUUUCACUCUUUUUUAUGUUGUAGUGUUAAAUUUUAGUUUUCUAGAUAUAUUCGAAAACAAAGUGUUUUUUUCUUUCUUGAAUCUUCAUGGCCUUAAUUUGAAGGGCGCCAGAAACUUUUUACAGAGUUAAAGUCUGACGUCUGGUUAGGAAAAAACAAAAAAGCAAACAAAAUCAGUUUCUUGGACCACACGGAGGGUACAAGACACUGGAUGAGUUGUUCUAAAGAGGAAAAAAGAAUCUAUCACAUAAGCUGUACAGAUUUAAUAGAGAAGAGCUUUUUUUCUUUUCUUCAUUAGAAGAAAACUUUGAUAAUUAUUAUGUCAGAGGUAACUAAGUGUCAGAAGAAAAAAUGUCUGUUUGGGGAAAAAGACUUGGGGGGAGGGGGGGGGUGGGAGGAGUUGAAGCUUUGAAGAGAUUUUUCACAUCGAGGAAAAAAGAAAACAUAAGAAAACAUGCUGCAUUGUGGAUGCAGUCUGUUGCAAAUGCUGAACUUGUUUUUUAUUACCAUAAUUAUUAUUUUACAUGGCAAAGUUGCUGUCAAUGACAUUAGUGCUUUUUAUCUGCCACAUUUUACCUUUUUUAUGAGCUUUAAGAUGUUUUUAGCCCGCUUUGCUUGUCACACUGCAUAAAGAAAAAAAACGAGAAAAAAAUAAAAUCAAGAAAAAAAACAAAAACAAAACAAAAAAAAAAAAAAAAAACACGGGAAAAAAAAUCUGGCAGUGAAAUAAAAACAGUAGAUACAGUAGGAGCUUACGGUUUAAACCAAUCAGUGCAAAAGCAAUAGAAGAAAUUGUUGACAAUUUCUGUAGUCUUUCCUAGUUGUGGAUCAAAUGCAGCCCAUGGAUGGCCAUUUUUAUACCAAAGAUGAAGAGACACUCUGAACCAGAGUUUUGUUUUUUUCCCUUUUUUCAGUUUUCAGUUUGAUUUUGUUGUUGUUGAUGUUGUUGUUGUUGUUGAUGUUAAUGUUGAUAUUGUUGUUGUUGUUGUUGCUGUUGUCGUUGGUUUUCUUUUUCUUUUUUUUUUUUUCUUUUUUUAUUUGACCUUGAUGGCCGGACCAGUCCUUACUAUCCUUCUUAACAUCUUCUCUUCACCGGGUUUAAGCUAAUUUUCUAUGGUUGUCCACGCCGUCACACACAUUUGUACACAGACACUCGCUGACACACACACACACACACACACACACACACAUAUACAUCAGGCAGUAUUUUAACGUGUGACGCAACCGGUGGCGGUUCUACCAAAAGUCCUGUUUCUUUAGCUCCUCUUAUCGUCUCUCCUCUUUCUAUGUCUCAUCACUCUUAAGAUCCUUUCACUUGCCGUGGGUGCAUUCCACCUCCUUCAGAUCCUACAGGGGAAAAACUUGGAAAACUAAAAGGGGAAUGCUGCUUGUUCUGCUCUGUGGUCGUCGAUGCAUCGCUUUCCGCUUCAGUCAUUUAGUGAUUUCUGUCUCUUUAUCUCUUUUUUUUUUAACAGCCAUGACUAACUAAGCAUUUCUUCGCGUGCUGAGCUUCAGUGUUGAACUGGGAAUCUCCCUGCUGCUAUUCGGCCUUGUUUUAACCUCCAUCAUCUGAAACGAGGUCAUGUUGUAGAGUAUUUACCAGCUCAGAAUACCAGAUGAGUGGCGUUUGUCCAAUAUGGUGCUUCACAUCACGCUUUGAUGUGCAAAAAAAAAAAAAAAGUACAAUAUUACGAA